AUGAGCAAAGAAACUGCUAUCGCGAGCGCAGAUGGAGCGCCCGUCUUCACUGGCGCCCAAGCACAGCCCUCUGAGACUAGUACCAGCCACAGCGUGCAACCGCUUCCGGAAGAGUUCUACACCCCUUUCCUAUCUGAUGUCGCCAAAGCGCGAAAGCCCUCUCCUAUUCGCGGACUCUUUCCCCUCGAGAAGAAGCCGGGCGUGCUCUCGCUAUUGGCGGGCAAGCCAAGCGGCUCGAUGUUCCCCUUCACAUCCGUCACGUUUGGCACGCGUGACCCUACUAAUCCUGAUCGCGAGUACAAGCUCGACGUUGCCCCGGACCUUCUGGGUCAGGGCCUGCAGUACGGCGGGACAGAUGGCAUCCCUCCAGCCGUGGAGUGGCUUACGAUGCUGCAGGAGACGGAGCACAAGAGGAACAGGAAUGAAGGAUGGCGCGUCAGUGUCACUGCUGGUUCACAAGAUGCGAUCUACAAGGCUGUAACGUCCAUGGUCAACCCUGGCGAUUCGAUCUUUGUCGAGAAGCCUGUCUACGCCGGUGUCAUACCCAUGUUCCAGUCGCUUCAUUGCGAGAUGAUAGAGAUCGAGACCGACUCGCACGGCAUCUUGUCCUCGUCUCUCCGUCAAGCCCUCGAGAACUGGCCGGCAGGCAAGCCUAAGCCCAAGAUCCUGUACACGGUUCCCUAUGGCUGCAAUCCGACCGGGAUGACAGCCACCCUUGAGCGCCGCCUUGAGGUUCUUGAACUCGCACGCCAACAUAACUUCAUGAUCUUCGAGGAUGACCCCUACUACUACCUUUACUUCGGAACUGCACCUCGCAUCCCUUCGUACUUCACGCUUGAGGCGCAGACUGGCCCCGACGUCGGGCGUGUCCUUCGCUUCGACAGCUUCAGCAAGAUUCUCAGCGCCGGGGUACGUCUUGGCUUCGCAACGGGCCCCGCGGCGUUGCUCAAAGCGAUGGACUCGCACACGGCUUCGGCGAACCUACAAGCGAGCUCUUUCGUGCAGGCUGUCAUUGUGACCCUUUUGAGCGACUGGGGAUACGAGGGCUUCAAGAAGCACACGGAGAAUGUUAGCGCGUUCUACCGUGAGAAGAGAGACGUGUUCGAGAACGCGAUGCGCCGUCACCUUGACGGUCUGGCGGAGUGGGAAACACCCCAGGCUGGCAUGUUCUUCUGGUUCAAGCUACUGCUCGGUCAGGGCGAAAACGACGACUCUCAAGAGCUCGUGCGCACGAAGGCGUAUGAGAACGGCGUGUUGGCGUUGCCCGGCACCGUGUUCUUACCCAAUGGCGCGCGUACGGCGUACGUCCGCGCAAGCUUCAGUCUGCUUGAGGAGCAUGAUGUUGACGAAGCUUUGCGCCGCUUGGGCGAGACGAUACGCAAAGAACGGGGAGCUUGA